AGCGUGUUAGGUAUUUGCUAGAAUUAAGAGCGAGCAGGCAGCAGCAUGCCAGGAUGGACAAGGUGAAGGUGAACAAAGGGACUAAAGUACCAGUGGACCAAACUAAACAGCGACCAGGCUCAGCCAAGAAACCAUCUCACUCUCGUCGUAAGAGACCUCCGAAACGUCUUUCCCAGCGGCCCAACGAUGUGUACAUCAAUCGUUCCUCCCAGUUUGCAGGGCAGCUGUCUCGUUGCAAGAGGAUUUUCGAUCAAGGGUUCCAAGAGGUAACGGUACAUGGUCUAGGUGCUGCGAUCCAUCGAGCUAUCAAUCUGUCGUUGCAGCUGCGAGAGAACUACACCCUCUCCACUCACACCACCACCUCCACCGUGCAGCUGGUGGACGACCUGGAGCCAUUGACAGAUGUAUAUGAAACCGAAGGCCUGAGAUCCUUCUGGCAGAAUCAUCUUUUUCUUGAGGGCCUGGCCAGCAGCACCAUCAGCAAGUUGCUGUCUGAGUACCAACAGUCUCUCAACAUCAUUAUAGUGAUGUAAUCAUGCACUCUGUGUGUGCGUGCGUGCGUGUAUACAGUGGCAGCAUUCAAGUGACUAAUGAGAUCACAAAUAU